AUGUCAAGAUCUGGUGAACAGGAAGCAAUUCAAGCUUUACAGAGCUCUUUAGAUGUUCCUGUGGAUACUGCCCAUUCUGUUUUAGAGUCCUUUAAUUGGAACGUUGAGGAGGCCGUAGAGUUUUUGACAGGUGAGUCUUCCCAGGAAAGCAGAAAAAAGGAGUCGGCUUCAGGAGUUGGAUUCUUUCAUUCCAUGUUCUCUGUUAUUUUCAGUGGCUUCUGCAAGUUUUGGAUAUUUUUAUCACGAGUGCCAUUACUACCGACAUUCCUUCCUAUUUUAGGCCCCAGGAAACGCUACUUAUCGCCAGCCGAUGCAGCAAACAAGCUGCUUCAAAAUUUGGAAGAACAGUAUGGUACAGAUCAUGUUGACUUCUUCACCGAAGGUGGGUAUAUGGAAGCAUUGGCACGGACGAAGCGUAGUUGUGGGGUAGCUCUUUUGUUUUUCACUAGCACGAAGAGUGACGAAAUGGAGGACUUUUCGAAGAAAGUUCUCAUGGAUGAAGAAGUUAAAGGAUUCUUAUCCCGCCGCAACAUUCUUUGCUGGAUAGGUGACGUUUGCGAAGACGAAGCUUUUCAGGGAUCGAGAAAAUUUAAUUGUACAAAGUUUCCUUCUGCCGUAUUAGUUAUGUAUUCUCCUCAACUCUCAGAGCUUGUGGUCGCAGCUCAUUUGCAUGGACCUACAGAUUCAACUCUCCUUCAAAGUACAUUGACAAAUGCAUUAGCACGCCACCUGCCUUCUCUGGAAAGGUUCCGUACGGAGAUAGAUGAAAGGGAAUCUGCCAGAGAAUUAAGACGCCAACAAGACGAUGCUUAUCAAGUAUCGCUUGCUCGCGAUCGCCAGAGACAACAGCAGGCCAAGAAAGAACGUGAGCUUAAACAAAAGGAACAAGAGGAAAAAGAGAAAUUGAAAGAAUUAUCUCUUCAGUAUCGCUCUUGGCUGGCUGUUAACAUUCCCUCUGAACCACAACCCAACACGAAAGCAGCUCGUCUUUCUAUUCGCUUGCCUGAUGGGUCUCGUGUUAUUCGGAGAUUUGAGAAUGAUAGUCUUGUGAAAAGCGUUUACGAAUUCGUGGACAGCUUGCUUUUCGCUAAAGAAAACCCCGAAGCUUAUGAAGAAGCUAUGUCUUCGUCCGCUAAUCUUACGCCUCCUGAGGAUUAUGAAUACAAAUUUCAAUUUAGUCUUUACUCCUCUCUUCCAAGGGAGAUUUUGGUAGCGGAUGCAACAAUUAGCAAUCUUCCUUCCGUGUUUCCUAGUGGCACCGUUGUUGUCGAACUAGAAGAUUAA